AUGGCCUUCUCACAAACUCUCAGUGGUUGGAAUCCCCGUUUAAUUGAGAACACCUGUGAUGAACCUGAAGCCAGUUUACAACCUCUGGAAGACUAUCAAGAAUCAAUUCUCGUUUCUCUCGAAGUAGCUUGUGAACCCAUUCAAUCGCUAUUUCGUAAUUUACCACGCGACGUUUGGAUUGCUAAGAAUGCAUCCAAGAAUCCUGCCAAUGGCCUUACUUCUGAUGAAUCAGCCGCUAUUCAUCUUUAUACCAUGGAGAUCAAGACUCGAAGUCUGUAUUCGAUUCUGAAUGAAAAGUUACGUGACAGAGAUCGUCGUAAACUUACGCCAUGGUUUCUUUAUCUUAAGCUGUUCAUUACCGCUCUUUUCAAAAUACAGCCAUGUUCAACUAAGGUCAUCUGGCGUGGUGUCAAGGCUGAUCUUCAUUCCAAAUAUCAUCGUGGUGAAUGUUACACAUGGUGGGCAUUUUCUUCGUGUACAUUAUUACUUGAAGUGCUGGAAGAAGAUAUGUAUUUGGGUAAAACGGGGCCAAGAACUUUGUUCAAUAUUGAGUGUAAAAACGGAAAAUCCAUUAAGCCUCAUUCAUAUUUCAAUCAGGAAGAUGAAAUUUUGCUCCUACCUGGAUUUUAUUUCGAAGUUGUCAGCAAAGUCCGAGCAGCCAACGAUUUAUACAUCAUACAACUACGUGAGCUUUCCCCGCCAUAUGUUCUUCUUGAACCACCAUUUUCCAACAAUCCAUGUGUUGUUCCAAAUCAAGCGAUCACGCAGCAAGGUAAAAGUUCAUCAGAAAAUAAUGAAGCCCUCAUUUUUUGGUUAAGAAUGGCAGAAUUAGGUAAUCCCAGUCACUUGCCAGCUACUGACGAGAUCAAUUUUAGUGAAGUUUCCUAA